AUGUCGACGAAAAACCUCGCAUGCAUCUUCAAAAAGGUUCCGUCUGGCUGGCCUGUUCCUGGUGAGCAUUUAACUGUGGAAGAUAUCGGUUUCGAAUUAGAACAGCCAGCGCCUCCAAAUGGUCUUAUCGUAGAGAUUCUUUAUCUCUCCCUAGACCCCUAUAUGCGUGGUCGUCUCCGCGCCCCAGAUGUCAGAUCGUACUCGCCUCCUUUCACUUUGGGCAAGCCCCUCGAGGGAGGAGGUCUGGCUAAAGUUCUUAAGUCUAAUGCGCCGGGUAUUGCCGAAGGCGACAUUAUCUCGCAUUUUCUGCCUUUCCAAAGGUACGCCGUUUUGGUGUCACAAGACGGUAAAUUCAAUAAGAUUGAUACUUCUGUACCGGACAUUAGAGACUGGCUUGGUGCACUGGGCGGCCCAGGCUGGACGGCGUAUUCUUCGUUGUACGCGAUUGGGAAACCAAAGAAAGGAGAAACCAUCUUCAUCUCGAGUGCUGCUGGCGCCGUGGGACAGGUAGUUGGCGAACUCGCAAGGCGCGAGGGCUUGACGGUAAUUGGCAGUGCUGGUAGUGAUGAAAAGGUGGAAUACAUCACAAAAGAGCUAGGUUUUCAUGGUGGUUUCAAUUACAAGAGAGAAAGCGCUGAGAAUGCGUUAAACCGGCUUGCGCCAGAUGGAAAGAUAGACAUUUACUAUGACAAUGUCGGAGCUGAACAGUUGGAGGCGGCACUCAAUCACCUCAACAACUUCGGCCGCAUCGUCGCGUGCGGCAUGAUUGCAGACUAUAAUCGCGAGGAAAAGUACCCCAUCCGCAAUCUGAUGAAUGUCAUCGUGAAGCGACUCACCUAUCAAGGCUUCAUAGUGAGCGAUCCGGAGUUCGGAGGUCCAUGGAGACAACCACAUAUUGAAAACGUCUCCAAGUGGUUGAAAGACGGAACGUUCAAGGCCAAGACACAUGAGUUCGUGGGAAUUGAAAAGGCUCCUGAGUCGCUCAUCGGAAUGUGGAAGGGUGAGAAUUUCGGAAAAGCCGUGCUGAAGGUUACCCCCUAA